GAGGGCGGCGAAGAGAGCAAACCAAAUGCUCAUGCAGCGCUGCUCCAGUUCGCCUCAGCUGCGGAAGAGGAGAUGACGCUGUCUGACGAGUUGGAAGGAAUCAUUCGCAAUCUGGCAGAAACAGGUGCGGCUGCGUGCUACCCCUGGGAUGCCCUGCGAAUACUCUUGGCCAAGAAGAUGGAGACGGUCCUGACAGACUUCUGGCGCGACGCGCCAGACCUGACUCUCAGUGAAGGAGAGACCUUCCAGCACAGCGCUGUGGAGCCAUUGAAGCAGUCGCUGUUGGAACCGCGACGGGAAGGUGCGAUGCUAGCAGUGUAUCGCAGAGACGGCUCUAGAAAUUUUAGGUUGGUUCGAGCACGAUUCAAUCGGGGAUGA